AGAGAAGAAUGGAAAGAUGUUGAUAAAAAUACAUUAUUGGAAAAUAUUACACAUUUCAAAAUGACAGAAGAGAAAAAUAAAGACAACUUAGUUAAAUCACUAAUUGUAGUUGUUUUAGCUCAUGGAGGAAAUGAUUGUAUUUUAUUAGACAAUAAUGAUAUAUUAUCAUUUGAAGACUUAUUAAGCCAAUUUGAUGCUGAUUCUUUUCAUUUGCUCAGGAAUAAUCCCAAAAUAUUUAUCUUUCAAGCUUGCAGACAAAUAAUAGAAAUUGAGGCAACAGAUAAUUCUGCUGAAAAUGAAUCAGAUCCUACACAUUCUACAGUCCAACAAUACUCUACUCUAAGUACACCAAAAAAGGAGCAAUUUCAUGAAAUGUAUGCAACUAUUAAAGGAGAGGCAGCCUACAGAGGUAGAGAUGGCAGCAAAUUCAUUAGAGCAUUCAUUUUAGCCAUGUGCUAUUUGCAAAAGAGCAAUGAGAGAACUAUCAAAGAAGUUACAAGAUAUGUACACUUUUGGGCAAACCAAUCUACAGAGAAUAUGGAAAGUGGCCAAUUGCCAACAUGUACACAAAAUCUGGCAAAAGAUUAUUUUUUUUCCCCACGAAAUACCAAUCCUUGUUGUAAGAAUUAAAAAACUGCUUACACUCGUAUGUUUUCACUCUUUUCCACAAUUCUGUAAAUGUUAUCAGCUAUUAAGUAACUGUAACACUAUCAUCUGAUCAUAUUUAUUGCCUUCAAUCUCUGGAAACUGAUGUUAAAAAGUAUACUCUAUCAAUUCAUAAUAAUUUUCAAAUAAAUAUUGACAAAUUCAAAA